AUGAUAUCUCUUGGGAGGUUGGACCGUUAUAUGAUGAGUAGGGAAUUGGUGGAGGAUGCGGCGAAGAGAGACGAGGGCUGUGAUAGUAGAACUGCUGUGGAGGUUAAAAAUGGCCCAUUUAGCUGCGCUGAUGAAAGCAAAGAAGAGGAUUUGAAACACGUAAAUUUGAAUGUCAAUAAAGGGGAGCUAAUUUACGUAUGGAUUUCCACAACAAUGGGUCCAAUGAGUGGUUUGGUUUCCGUAUGGAGAUGCUUGGGAGUUUAG